AUGUGUCAUUUGCCAGUCAUUUUCUGUUUUCUGUUUACAGGACAUGUGGAUGAUAUUUUCCCAUAUUUUCUACGUCAUGCCCGUGAAGUCUUUCCUCAUCUUGGUUGUAUGGAAGACUUGAAGAAGAUUAGUGAUUUACGGUUACCAGCCAACUGGUAUCCUGAGGCCAGAGCAAUUGAACGCAAGAUUAUAUUCCAUGCUGGGCCCACAAACAGUGGCAAGACUUACCAUGCUCUUCAAAGAUUCCUGAUGUCCAAAUCUGGUGUCUAUUGUGGUCCCCUGAAAUUAUUGGCAGCAGAGGUCUUUAAUAAAAGCAAUGCUGAAGGAACACCUUGUGAUCUUGUCACUGGAGAAGAACGACGCUACGCAAAAUCUGAAGAAACCACAUCUGACCAUGCAGCUUGCACUGUGGAAAUGACUAGCGUAAAUAUACCUUAUGAAGUGGCUAUUAUCGAUGAAAUUCAGAUGAUUAAGGAUCAACAGAGAGGUUGGGCAUGGACGCGAGCUCUCUUGGGGUUGUGUGCUCAAGAAAUUCAUUUGUGUGGUGAGGCCUCAGCAAUCGAUCUGGUGCGAGAAUUGAUGAAGGUCACUGGGGACACCAUGGAGGUUCGAAAAUACAAACGCUUAACAAAAUUAACAUACCUUGAUAAACCAGUUGAGUCAUUUGACAAUGUUCGUGAUGGGGACUGUUUUGUUUGCUUUAGUAAAAAUGACAUUUAUUACAUCAGUCGAGAAUUGGAGAAACGAGGAAAACAAGUAGCUGUAAUUUAUGGAGGACUGCCUCCAGGAACCAAAUUGGCUCAAGCCCAGAAAUUUAAUGACCCAAAUGAUCCCUGCAAGAUUAUGGUGGCAACUGAUGCUAUUGGAAUGGGUCUAAACUUGUCAAUCAAAAGGGUUAUUUUUUACUCUCUGGUGAAACCCACACUAAAUGAAAAGGGAGAAAAAGAAAUGGAUGUGUUGACACCCUCCCAAGCUCUUCAGAUUGCUGGCCGUGCUGGCCGCUAUGGAACCCAUUUUGAAAAUGGUGAAGUGACAACUUACAGACGAGAAGAUUUGUUGCUUUUGAAAGAUGUCACCAGUCGGAUCAUUGAACCAAUUGAGCAAGCAGGACUCCAUCCAACUGCUGACCAAAUUGAGUUGUUUGCUUAUCACUUACCUCAUUCCACAUUGUCAAAUCUCAUGGACAUUUUUGUGACUCUCUCACAGCUUGACAACGACUACUAUUUCAUGUGUAAUGUGGAUGAUUUUAAGUUUCUAGCAGACAUGAUAGAGCAUGUGCCAUUGCCUCUAAGAGUACGAUAUGUCUUCUGCUGUUCACCUAUUCCCAAAAAGCAGCCAUUUGUUUGUACCAGUUUCCUAAAGUUUGCCCGGCAGUUCAGCCAAAAUGAGCCUCUGACAUUAUCUUGGUUGUGCAAACAAAUUGGAUGGCCUUUACAGCCACCCAAAAAUCUUUCUGAUCUUGUUCACUUAGAAAGUGUCUUUGAUGUGCUGGACCUGUACUUAUGGUUAAGCUAUCGUUUCCCGGACAUGUUCCCUGAUGUGAACCAGGUCCGCUACAUGCAACAAGAACUGGACAGUAUCAUCCAGAUUGGGGUUUACAACAUCACAAGUCUGCUGAAGGCCAUCAAAUCUGACUGUUCCACAGCUGUUGCCAUUAGUCUUUCAUGUCAGCAAGGAAAAAAAAAUAAUCAUUAG